CAUUGUACUGGGAGUGUGCCUUCCGCACGAUGUCAACAAUGUGUAAAAUGUGUUUUACUACAGCUUGGAUUUAGCUUUCUUCAGUAUAUGUGGUUGCAGUUUUUUGUUGCUCUAUAACAGUGAUACAUAUUAUAACAUUUUAAAAGGCAAUUAGCUAAAGAAAAAGGUCGCGAGUAUCUGAAGACUGAAGCCUGAAGGCUCAACAAAAAUAUAAGUUACGGAUGUGCAUGUACCGAUACAUGUAGUCAUACUACUACCGCUAGGUCCUUAAUGCCCACUAUGUUUCCAGAGCCAGACGUUAUCACAGUGACGGUAUACAUUCUUUCCAUACUGCUGGGACUGGUUUUGUACCGGUUUAUGGUAUGGUAUAUGCAGAUCCUGGUCAAGGUUGCUUUUAUUGACCAAUUCCCUGGACCUCCUAAACAUUGGUUGUGGGGAAAUUUGCAUCAGCAUCCAGGCAUGAAUGAUGCCUGUUUGAAGUGGAUACUGCAGCUGACAGAACAACACAAGACUGCCUUUCGUUAUUGGUUUGGCCCCUUUAAAGUGUGUGUGGCUGUGGUCCACCCAGACACUGUCAAAGUAAUACUGAACAGCACCGAGCCCAAGACUUCCUUGGGAGGAUAUAACCUUAUGCAGGACUGGCUAGGAAAUGGCCUCCUGCUUAGUAAAGGAGAACUGUGGCAUCGUAAUCGCAAGCUGAUUUCUCCUGGUUUUCACUUUGAUGUACUUAAGCCAUAUGUUAACAUUUACAACAGAACAGUAGAAGUUUUUAUGGAGAAAAUGUCAGCAGCUGCCAGUCUAGGUACCAGUUUUGAAGUGUCGUCACCUUUAGGACUGUGCACCCUGGACACCAUGUUACAGUGCGCUUUUUCUGUUCAAGAAAAAAUUCAGGAGCAAGGUGACUCUCAUCCUUUCAGUAAAGCCACUGCUAUGUUAUGCAGACUAGUAUUAGAUAGAGCAUUAUGA